UUCUCGGUGCUUUUUAAAAUAUCACGUCACUUCCGUAAACAUUGCAUAUGUAUUUAUAAUCAUCAUGCUAUAGCGUCGCGUCUCUUUGUAUCGAGAGAGUUCUAGAAAACAAAUUCCAACAAAAACUAAAUCAACAGACAGGCAAUCCAUUUUCAACACAAACUUCCACAACCUGAGGAUUGAAAACUGAGAGAGAGAGCAGCCGAUGUAAAUUUGUUUCGUGUCAGAAGAAGAGGUUAAGAUUCCCAUUUUAUUUGGACAUGUCUGACAAGAAGAGCCCCAGUAGUUUAGAUGACUCCCUGAAUGGAGAAUUUCCACUUCAAGAGCAGGAUGAUGGAGAGCUAAGUUUGUCAACCGGAAGCUCCGUCAGUGAUUCUGAGACAGAAAAGAAGAAAACAAGAUCAGGGUCACCAAGUUCUCCUAGAAUUCCUCCAGCAUUUAUGGUGGCAGCUUCUCCACCAAAGUUUCUGAGCUUUGAACAGUUAAUGGAAGCUGCCAAUGGAGUCAAAAACAUGGCAUUGGCUCAUGAAAUUGCUGUAAACACAGACUUCAAGUUAGAAGAGUUCCAACCGCCCGAUGACAGCAUAGAGAAGCAGGUGAAGGAGACGGUCAGAAGAGCAUUCUGGGAUGCCUUUCAAGAAAAACUGAAUGAGGAUCCACCUGACUUUAUGCACGCCCUGGUUCUGAUACAGGAAGUGAAGGAGAAUAUCGUGAUGCUUCUGCUGCCCCAGCAUGUGCGAUUCAGGGCCCAGAUCAACGAGGUGCUUGACAUUGACUUGAUCAGACAGAAGCUUGAGAAUGAUGCCUUUGACAUUUAUUAUUAUUCUAACUACAUUGUUGGUGUGAUGGAGAAGCUGUGCGCUCCAGUCAGGGAUGAGCAAGUGACAAAACUUAAAACAAUCAAAGAAGUUGUCCCCCUUUUCAAGGAGAUUUUUGAAGUGCUGGAUCUCAUGAAAAUGGACAUGGCAAAUUUCACCUUACAACAAAUUCGACCGUACUGCCAGCAACAGUCAGUAGAGUAUGAACGACAAAAAUUCCAGGACUUCCUCAAAUCCCAACAAGAAACUGGGAUUGAUGGUUUGGAGUUCACGAAAGUCUGGCUGAAGAGAAGUCAUGAUAAAAUCACAGAUGUUAACGCAGUGGAGGAAGCCAUGUCAUUGCCCCUGGCAACACCAGCAGCCAUAUUGAAUGAGGCCUACAUCGAAUUACUGCACUGGGAUGAGCGAAAUGUCAUUCCUGAGACGCUGGUGAUGGACCAUGCUCGAGUAACGGAACAGAGGGAAAAAGCCCACCGACUAGCCCUCAUUUCAUCUGUCCUGAUGAUUACCUACAGCACAGUGGGGUCUUCUAUUUCUGGUGUCCAAGUCCUAAAAGACAAAUUAAAAUCCGAGAUCUGUACUCUACUGGAGGGGGUAUCAAACAGCGACCUCCCUAAAGCGAUGAGUAAUGUAGGUGAACAGGUGAACAAGACGGUGAAUGACUUCCUGUCGUCUCAUGGAUUCCAGGCUCGGGAGGAGGCCCAGCAGAAGAUGCUGGUUGGUCAGAUCACAGAUAUAUCUGAUAAAGACAACAAAGUAUACAACAUUCUGUUUAAAAGAUUGCUAGACUUCAUCAGACAGAUCAUUUCCUCUCAACAUAAGGAACCAUUAAAGGUGCCCGCCGGAUUCUCUGCCGUGGAACGGGAGCUAAGCCAGCUCUGUGGUCGCUUCCUGCGAGUGAUUUCCUACAACAGGUCCGUGUUUGGUUCAUAUUACACAGACAUCAUUAACAUACUCCUACAGAAACACAUGGCAGACCUGUCUCCAAGGUAACCAGUCAAGUCACAGGAAGAUGAAAGGCAUUAUGGGAUUUAUUUGAACUCCAGAAGACUUUGGAGGCCAGUGUGUGAAUGCAAGAGGACGGAGUGAAGGGAACUUAGCUCAUCAAGAGGGGCUCUAAAAGUAAUGCCGAAUACUUUCCUCUCAAUCUGACUAAAGUACAGACCUAUAUUAUUAUAUAUAUAAUAAUAUAGGUCUGUACUUUAGUCAGAUUGCUUUGCUCUGUGUGGAAUAUUUCUUGCAUGAGAAACGCAUUUCAAGGGAGAAAACUCUUCUUGAUACUUCAUUAUGCCUGUUUGAAUAUUUAGUGAUUAUUUCUUGUAUGUGCAUACACUGUUUUGAACAUUAUGUGAUGUAGUAGAGAGGAAUAAUAUGAUUGUGAAAUUGUUGAGUGUUUAUUCUUAAACAUGUUAGAAGAGGCAUUAUUUGUGUGAAUAUAUUGUCAAAUUUGUGUUUUUAAGCAACAUGUAUGCAUUGUUUUCUAUUAUGAACAUGUGUGCCAAGUUUAUAAUUAUGUUGUUUUUUCAAUAUUUCUUAAUUUUCUUUCUUGCAUUACAUAACAUUUGGACUAUUCCUUUGGAAUUUAAGAAUUGUGUAUUUAUGAUAUUUAAUCAAAUUUCAUAUUAAAAACAUUAACAAUUUACCAAAUUAUAAAACUUUUAAGAUAAUCAAAAAUUACAUUAAGAAUCCCAUGGACAACAAAAUUGUUAUAUACAAUGGACAACUACUCUGCCAUAUCAAUAAGGGUUGGUGAAAUGAAAGAGUGGACCAAAUUUUAGAUUAUCUCGUGAAAAGUUAUGUCAAAUUUUCCUGUUUUUGAUGCAUAUAUACAGCUGUAGCAGAAUUUUGCUGAAAUAAGACGCAGUUCUUGUGAUAUUAGUUGAUAUGCUGUUUGUAAUGCACAGUUUAUAAAUAGAAUAAACCUAUAGGUUUAUAUAUAUACAUAUCUCUUCCUGCUUUAUGAUUUCUUUGUUGACCAGUGUGUAUAGGAUAUUGUGUCAAGUUGACUUCGGCUCCUUGUCACGCGACAUCUUUGAUUUUAUCUUGAGUUAGCAUCAGCUCUAUAUAGUGUGAACGUACAUCUUCAAUAUUAUAUGAAGUCACUGACAGCUGUGCCGCGCGACAUCUUCGAUUUCACGUUGAGUUAGUAUCAGCUCUGCUUAGCAUCAUGUCUUCAAUAUUAUAUCAUAUCAGAGUGGCGGGGGUUACAAGGGUUGGAAACACACACACACACACACCCUCCCCUUUUGUCAGAAAAUUUUGCUUAAAAAGGGUAAAAAUAAUGCAUUUUGAGGGUGGGACACCCCCCCACCCCCACCCCUUUGAAAACCAAAUUAUGGUAGAAACCCCCCGCUCUUUCAAAAAUUUCUUGAUCCGCCCCUGCUGUUAGCUGUGUCAUGUGACAUCUUGAUUUUAUGUGAAGUUAGUAUCUUAGUUAUCAAAAACGGCUCAAUGGAUCAAGGUAAAAUCUUCACAGGGUGAUUGGUGGGGUUCUGUACAUGUACAUAACUGGCCUUAUUUGUCAUGUAUGUUCUUGUGGGUGCAUUUAAAUAGUUUCAUUAUACAUGUAUAUAUUAUGAUGUGUUGCAUAACAUAUAAUCAGUUUAACUCUUAUUGAAUUUUAUUGAGACUCUUUACUGAUUGGCAUGGUCAAAAUUAACACCCUGCACAUGCAUGUACAUGUGUGCUUCAUUUUGAUUGGAUAAUGCUAAAAUAUCUAUAACUUUUGUAUGAAUAAAGGGAAUGUGAUU